CAUCCUCCCCUCCUUCCUCCUUGGGUUCCCAGCCCGUGCGCCCGCCUGUCGCAGUCGCACCGCAGCCGCCGGCCAUGGCCUGCCUCACCGACCUCGUCAACCUCAACCUCUCGGACACCACAGAGAAGAUCAUCGCCGAGUACAUAUGGAUCGGUGGAUCUGGCAUGGAUCUCAGGAGCAAAGCCAGGACCCUCCCGGGCCCGGUGACCGAUCCCAGCAAGCUGCCCAAGUGGAACUACGACGGCUCCAGCACCGGCCAGGCCCCCGGCGAGGACAGCGAGGUCAUCCUGUACCCGCAGGCCAUCUUCAAGGACCCAUUCAGGAGGGGCAACAACAUCCUUGUCAUGUGCGAUUGCUACACCCCAGCUGGCGAGCCAAUUCCCACCAACAAGAGGUACAGCGCCGCCAAGAUCUUCAGCAGCCUUGAGGUCGCUGCCGAGGAGCCCUGGUAUGGUAUCGAGCAGGAGUACACCCUCCUUCAGAAGGACACCAACUGGCCCCUCGGGUGGCCUAUUGGCGGCUUCCCUGGCCCUCAGGGUCCUUACUACUGUGGAAUCGGCGCGGAGAAAUCGUUCGGGCGUGACAUAGUCGACGCCCACUACAAGGCCUGCCUGUACGCAGGCAUCAACAUCAGUGGCAUCAACGGGGAGGUCAUGCCGGGGCAGUGGGAGUUCCAGGUCGGACCGUCCGUCGGCAUCUCUUCGGGCGAUCAGGUGUGGGUUGCUCGCUACAUUCUUGAGAGGAUCACCGAGAUCGCCGGCGUGGUGGUGACGUUCGACCCGAAGCCGAUCCCGGGCGACUGGAACGGCGCGGGCGCCCACACCAACUACAGCACCGAGUCCAUGAGGAAGGAGGGCGGGUACGAGGUGAUCAAGGCGGCCAUCGAGAAGCUGAAGCUGCGGCACAAGGAGCACAUCGCGGCCUACGGCGAGGGCAACGAGCGCCGGCUCACCGGCAGGCACGAGACCGCCGACAUCAACACCUUCAGCUGGGGAGUCGCCAACCGUGGCGCGUCGGUGCGCGUGGGCCGCGAGACGGAGCAGAACGGCAAGGGCUACUUCGAGGACCGCCGGCCGGCGUCCAACAUGGACCCCUACGUGGUCACCUCCAUGAUCGCCGAGACCACCAUCGUCUGGAAGCCCUGAGGCACCCCGUGGCCGUGUCGUGUCGGUUUGCUCCGCGUACGGCGCUGGCCGUUGCAUCGCAGGGCCCAGCGGUUGCGCAACUAUUUUCCCUUCCCCGUUCUGUUUGCUUGUACUACUACUCUACCGCUAGUCCUGCAUAGCAUUUUAGCUAGAACACAACAACAGCCAAAAAAAAGUAUUGUUGCUUGCUUCGACGCUUGCCACCACUUCCAUUCCAUGCCGUCCGUCCGCUUCCUUCCUGUGUAAUCCUCCUCCAAUAAUAGACGUGCCAUGUUGCAUCCUCU